UAUCGUUUGACAGCUCUGGGUCAAUUGCAAGAAUUGACAACUUAUCAAAGGAUAGCAGUUUUGUUUUCCGUGUGUCAGCAUUGUACCAAUAUGAAGCUAAUGAUGUAAGGAUGGGUAUUUUAUCUGAUUGGAGUGAUCCAUUUAUUACGUGUGGAGACCCAACUUAUUCAACGCUGAAUGCGACAUAUGACUUUGCCAUUACGCCAUCCUUGAAUCAUACAGGGCCAUCAACCCUCACUACAAAAUUAACAUGGAUGAGACCUAUCGAAGAUGAAAUAAAGUGCGACGAUAUUCAAACCUACAAUAUUUACCGAAAUGGAGAAUAUUUGAGGGGUGCAAUCGGGAUGAAUAUAGAACUACCGAAAAAUGACUUUGAGCUGGAUACCCAGUAUAAUGUGGAGAUCUCCAUGGUAAAUAAUGCUAAUCUCGAGGGACCAAAGACCUUAGUCUUUGACACAGUGACUCCUGCUGAUAAACCAUCCUCACCACGAGAUUUACGUAUGCUAGCAAGUGAUGUAAAUUCGUUUUAUCUUGCAUGGAAAACUCCUCGUUUUACAAAUGGCCGUCUGCAGCAGUAUCAGGUUACGUGCUACGUGAAUACAACAUACGCAGUAAUAAAACAGACACUGUCGUCCGAGACAAGAGAGACAUUUGUCAGUAAUUUGGAGAUCGGAACAACGUAUGAGUGUGCCGUCAAAGCAUCCACAAGAGCGGGUUAUGGACCUGUGGUGCAAGGCUAUUUUCAAACAACAAAAGAAGGAACGAGCGAUAAUACAAUGCAACCCAAUACCAAACAACUAGUUGGUGCAAUUGUUGGAGUAACGGUCGCCAGUGUGCUAUGCAUCCUGGUACUAAUUGUCAUUAUCGCUGUGCUAUUUAGGAAAAUCAGAAGAAACACGUCAGAAGGUAAAAGGAA